GGAGGGAUGUUUUAAAAAACGGAUUUAUUUUUUUCUUCAAUAAAAAAUAUCUUUUAAGCCACCCUGCUGGGUUAAACGAAAUACAAUUUGAAGAGAAUAGAAAAAUAUUGAACUUCGAACAAACUGCAAAGAGAGAACUCGAAAAAGAGAUUAAAAAAAUGGCUGCAAUAAUUGAAAAAAUUAAAAAUGAUCAAGUAGUACCCGGGGAAUUAGUGUAUGAACUAGAGAAUAAAAAGGCAGAAUUAAAAGCCUUGGAGGAGCAGUUAGAUGCCGAUACUUUUGAGAAUGGCGGAUUUGUGGCUGUUAAAAUAGACAAAAAAUUUGCCCGUUUUUCCUUUUUAACUGUUGGAAAUCAUGAAUUGACAAGUUUUGCUAACGAACAAAUUGUGAAUGGUAAACAGAGUAAUCUUGGAGUGGUAAACAUUCCAAAUCGCUUACCGGAAACUGAUGAAGACUACUGA